UGUAAAUUGUAACUCGGCGUUCUAGCUCUUCCCAAAAUUCUCUUGGUUUAUUCUUUUUGUUGUUUCGUAAGUGAAUUCGAAAACGCACCGAAUCGUGAAUUACCUGGCUGUCUCUCGUUUCGCCGUGAUUUAUAAUAACGGACUGACAACAUCAUAGCUAUUUUGAGACAACGCCGACCAACUUCGACUUUUGGACCACUUUUGAGCCGAAAAAGUGCGUGCUUGAAAUGUUUUGAGGAAUGCUCCCAUCGAAGGGAAAAUUUUCUCUUUACGUUUGUCCGCACCUCUACACCAGCAAAUGUGGCAGGCCCUACUGCCAAUACAGUCAUGCUGCCGAAAUCACUUCAGACGCAAUUCCCUCGAGGUUGCACUGCGACACCUUUGAUCUUGAGUCGUUGUUUGAAGGGAGGAGUGCUCCAUCUUCGCCGCUUCCACUCAAGACAACCUCAAAUGUCGUGGUUCAAGAGGAUGAUUUGGUUCCCCAAUUGGAGGCCCUCUUCGGCAUGGAGGGGGCGCCAGACUUGUCACGAUAUGAAAAAGACUCCACCACAUACCAGCCGCCAACGUACGAACCAACCCCUAAAAACAAACUGGCAAAUAAGUCAACCACUGUUCCUCGCACUAGCCAUGCCUCUCACAAUCAGGAAAAGACAUCAGUCAAAAUAAUAGAGGAGUAUGAUCCGUCGCCAAGGUCUGAACCCAGUUCAUACAUACCCACCAAAAAAGCUGAAAAGCGCAAGAGCUCCAGCAGGAAAGAUGGGGACUCUAGCAAAAAAAGCUCGUCAAAACAUAGAGAACGCAGCAAAUCUUCCAAAUCUAGUAGUAGCAGCAGCAGUUCAACCUCCAAACACUCUUCGGAUAGGCACAAAAAAAGCUCUUCUCAUCGGCACAGCAAGAAAGAAGUGGAGCGUACCACUAAGGAAAUUAUUGUUCUAUCAGAUGAUGACAACGGCAAUGACGAUAAUUAUUCCAUGGAUUCUCCUUCUCCAGUCGAAAUUUCUGAUGGUGAAACAAAGACCAAGAAACGCAAAUUGGACGAAACCUCAGAAGCUAACAACAAGAAUGCAGCUUUGGUUACGGAACCUGCUGCUCUGGAUCAAGCAGUGAUAGAUAAGAAGAAGAGAAUUGCCCACAUGUCAAACAGUGGCCCAAGUGUGAAACGAAAUGCAAUAAAAAUUCGACCAGUUCCGCUUUCCAUGGCACAGGUUCUAUCUAAUAGACUGAAAAUGCAACAAGAGAAGAAAGUUGUUACCACAAGUCAAGGAAAUUUGCAUGAGGAUCAAGGCACAAGGAUGGGCUGCCAGCCCAAAGGAAAAGUCAGGGUCGCCCAUCAGCCAAAGGCAAUAGAUCCAAAAUUAAUAGUGCGGCCAAAGAUUAUGCCUGCCCCUUCCAAAAUUCCUGCUGUAAGGCGCCAGUAUGUUCUUGACAAACUCUUUGAUUCCUAUCUGGAGCUCUUGAAUGACCCCUCUGAAGCUUCAAACAAGGCAUCAGAACUCGAGCUGUCCAUCUUAAAGAAAGCCACUACGCCAAGCGCCUACACAAGCUCUUUCAUCAAGGAGCAGAGAACAAUCGUUGCGAUGAUCAACGGAAAUGAACCUGCGUCAACACCAAAAGACAACAACUUGUACGAGAAACUAACAGAAUAUGUGCUGAGUGAGGAGCAGCUUCAAGCCAAUGGUUUUCCAAGGCCUGGGGAGAACGGCGAGGCAUCCUUCAUUGAUGAUCCUAUGCGGAGAAAAGCGAAGCAAAUUCAGCCCGUUCACAAGAAUGAAAGGAUUUGCGAAAGAUGCCACACUCUGUACAAGGUCAAUGAAUUUGGAAUGCCAAGAAAGCUGGACACUGAUGAGCUGUGCAUUUUCCACCCAGGAAAGGCAUUCAAGUUAAGAGAGUUCAAAGGCGACCUGACGUACAUUUGCUGUAAAAAGAAUGCCUCGACUGAAGGGUGUGAGGCACACAUUUACCACGUUUCCGACAACCCACAUUUCAAUCACAAGAAAGGAUUCGUUUCAACUGCGAAAAACAGCGGGAAAGACCGGAAAAAGGUGUACGCACUAGAUUGUGAGAUGUGCAUGACGAUUAACGGCUCUGAGCUGACUCGUGUUACCGUCGUUGACGACAGCAAUAAAAUCGUGUACGACACUCUGGUGCUUCCACGUGUUCCCAUCAUUGAUUAUGUUACAAAGUACAGUGGCAUCACUAAGGAGCUCCUUGAGGCAGGACCUACCAAGUCGCUGAAGGACGUUCAGAGGGACCUUUUGAAACUGUUCCAGCCUGACACAAUUUUGAUUGGACACAGUCUCCACAGCGACUUUAGAGCUCUCAAGCUUAUCCAUGACAGAGUGAUCGACACGAGUAUAGUUUUUCCGCACCAUGACUCAGAAAAGCGAUUGUCGCUGCGGAAAUUGGCUGGGAUGCAACUUAGUCGGAUCAUCCAGGAAAACGAAAGCGGGCAUGACAGCGCCGAAGAUGCGAUAACGUGCAUGGACAUCAUGCGGGCGAAAGUUGGAGAAAAACCGAUUCGUUAGCCAGCAAACCAUAUCAAAUGGAGUGUCGAUCUCAUUUUGUCGCGUUUUCUUUCUUUUGUCAGCUUUAAUUUCGUAAUUACUGAGUGCGAGGAAAAGGAUUGUGAGACUUAUCAGGCAGCUUAACUUUGAUCGUAAUUAGUUUUAUAAUAAGUGAAAAUUUCCUAGCCUAUACUGUCAUUAAGCGAUUGUAUUACCAGUAUUGACUUUUACAAGUCAUUAAGCAUUGCUGUGUUGAAAAUUUGAAGCUGUUCACUUCCAGCGCGAUAACACUGUAUAACCCAUGUCACAUUAUUCUGUUGCAUCCUAAUUUUCACUUCAUUGACACGAUUAACUCCUAACUUGGGUUCAUGAUCAUAAUGAAAGCAACGCGCCUUGUGAUUUUCACUGCUCAUACUGAUAAACCAGAUCAACUGGAAUAUUUAUUUUGUUUGAAUAGUAAUUCGUUAAGAGAGCUGUUCUGAAAUGUUCUUUGUAUUUAAAGAAAAUAACAAAAGCUUUCAGUAUUAUAUCUUAA